AUGACCCCCACGAAGCCGUUCAAUUUCACUGUGGAAGAAGAAGAAAGCAAUGUCGCAGCUGCUCAGAGGAAGCUUUAUGGAGAAGGACCCAAUAAACUCACUCCUCAGGCCGCAGCAGAUAUUCCUUCAAAUAUUGUGAGUGACAGGAAGACUUUUUUGCCCCAGCCGCAUAACCUCCCCAACAUGAAGCCCCCAUCGCGAAUGUUCAAGCCAGGAUCCAUACCCAAUCUGGGCCGUCCCAUGAAGGCCAACACUGCACACGUUCUGCAGCAGACCAGAGUCCUGUCCAGCACGUAUAAUUUGAGAUCUACAGCUGCAGCUGCAUUGGGAGUAAAGCCGCCAGUGUCCAGCCUGCGAAAACCAUCGGCGAGCAGUGUGACCUCGAGCCUCCAGAGAGCAGGACACGGCCUGAAACCACCUCAAGCUAAAGUCGCCCACUCAGCUCUCUCAGGCGCUGACAAACCUGCUGGAGGUCCUCACCCUGUGGCUAAAACAUCGUCAUCACCAAGAAAACAUCCUUUACCCAAAACUGAUGUCAUGCCAGCAGCAAAGAAGAAGAAGAUGGAUCUUUCAUCCAACACUUCUGCAGCCUCCUCCUCAGACUCUAAAGCCAACAACCUGAAGCCUCCAACACAAAACCAGAGAACUUUACCUGCAAAACCGCCAAAACACUACGCUGCAUCUACUGCUACAGCCAUUUGUGAACCAAGCAGCCGGGGUCCCAACACCUGCACCACCACUGCUGUCGCUGCCCUGCUUAAAGAGACACUCGGGUUGGACAACGAGCCCCGUCUGGACCGGUCUCAUCGAACCGCUCCUCGUCAAUCAGCACCAGGAGAGCGCACGCGUCCCAGAGCUAUCGUCUGUCGGCUUCACUACUACAGCGACUGUGUGGACAUUUUACGCCGAGCGACAGAGCGGGGACAGAUAAAGGUGCGUGAUAUGACCAUAUCUGUUUUCCCUGACUACACUGACGGUGUGGCUCGGGCGCGGGCUGCAUUCAAUGACGUGAGGCGACAACUCCGAAACAUCGAGGGCGUCCGGUAUGGUCUGUUCUACCCAGCGCGGCUCCGGAUCACCUACAGGGGAGCGGAGAAGGAAUUCACCUCCGCUGAUGACGCUGGACAAUACGUGAAGACCAUGACAACAGGGUAA